UAGUCGUUUACUUCAUGAACCUGAAUUUAUCCUAUUAAUACUCGUAGCUGAUAUAUUUGACUGACAUUAGAAAUAUGUAAAUUUUAACAAAUAACAAUGAAUAUGGUGCUUAAUAUCCCCGUUUUGCUUGAGGUAAGAGCAGUCGUUUGAUUCACUGCCGGUGACUGCCACUCACUGACCUCUGCUCCUCCGCACACAGGCCGGCGGGCCCUUCACGCAGUCGGUGGUGGCCGGGCUGCAGCUGGGCCUCAAGGAAUGCCAGCACCAGAUGAGGUGGCACCGAUGGACUUGCCCAAAGGGAGAUUUCGUAACACUACAUGACGGCCGGGCGGCGACGCGGGAGAGCAGCUUUGUGGACGCCAUCACCGCCGCCGGCGUGACGUUUGCUAUCACCAAAAGCUGCUCGCAGGGUCUCCUGGAGGGCUGUUCGUGCUCCGAGGGCGGCUCCCGCGCCGACCACGACUGGAAAUGGAGAGGAUGUUCUGAUGACGUUGACUUCGGUUCACGCGCGGCCGAGCACUUCCUCGGCACCCUGGAGGAGGCUCAGGACGCCCAGGCCCUCGUCAGCCGCCACAACGACUACAUUGGCAGGAUGGCUGUGGAACAGUCCGCGCGUCGGUUGUGUAAAUGCCACGGGGUGUCGGGUGCCUGCACCACUAAGACCUGCUGGCGGCAGCUGCAGCCCUUCACCACCGUAGCCGAGGCCUUGGAACGCAAGUAUCGACGAGCCGUAAAGAUUAAGGACACUAACGCUCUCCUGGAGCACACCUCGAUCACAAGGGUUCAGACACUCAGGGGCAGGGCCUUACACAGGGAUAAGGCCCAACAGCGCGGCUCCUUGGCUCAGUCUCGUCGCCUCGUCUACCUCAAUGACUCCCCCGACUUUUGCCAUACCAACAGUACUGUCAGUUGGCCAAGCACCGUCGGAAGGAGGUGUUCAAGAAAGAAGGGUGAAGGGGUUACCGCAGCCGAGAGGAGGUCCUGCAAGACACUCUGCCGUGACUGCAGCCUGAGUGUGAAUAGGAAUGUUUCUAAGGUGGUUGCGCCUUGCCACUGCCGCUUCCAGUGGUGCUGUGAGGUGAAGUGUGACAACUGCCUCAAAAGGAAGGUGACGUUCUCUUGCAGUGAAAGACGAAGCCAGUGACAGCGUCAUCACCGUUGUAUAAAUAUAUAAUUGGCGUUCUUGUGGGUCACGAAGGUGGUAUGGAUGCUGAAAUUUAUGUACAUCAUUACAUUAAUAAAAUUAUGA